AUGGCUUCAUGUUUUCAUCUCCUGGUUCUUUGCUGGAUGCAGACCUAUUGUGUAAAUUCACCUGCAUGGUUGCAGAAUAUUUCCACCAACAUAUUUUACCUUCCUGGGGACAUUAUGCUGGGCGGGCUGUUUUCUAUCAACCUCAGCCAAAGGACCGAGUCGAACAACAUCAGCUGUGAACGUUUGAAUCAUUUGGAACUGGGCCUCGCCCUGGUGAUGAAAUAUACAGUGGAUGAGAUCAACGCCAACCAAACGCUGCUCCCCGGCAUCAAGCUAGGAUAUGAAAUCCACGACACCUGCAGACAAGCGGCCGGUAUCGUGAGGCCCACUCUCUCCUUCCUGACCGACAAAAACGGCAACGCGCUAUCUGUGCAGUGCAAUUACACCAACUACGAGACCAGCGUGGCAGCUGUGAUCGGACCCUACAACUCAGAAAUGGUGUCGAUCGUUGGGAAACUGCUGGGAUUUUUUCUGAUGCCACAGAUCAGCUUUGGUGCCACCAGCGACAAAUUGAGCGACAAGGACGUCUACCCGUCCUUUUUACGCACAGUGACCAGUGAUAAAUGGCAAGUGGGUGUCAUGGUCCGCCUGAUAGAGGAGUUUGGGUGGAACUGGGUGGCAGUGGUGGGCAGCGACGAAGCGUAUGGACAACAGGGCACACAGGAAUUCACCAAAUUAGCCGAAACCAAGUCCGUGUGCGUGGCGUACCACGGCCUGGUUCCUAUCUACUCGGACCCUGCAGCCACAGUCCGAAACAUCGUGGACAACAUCCAAGCCAACAAAGUCAAAGUGGUGGUGGUGUUUUCUCUCCCAGUGCCAGCUGCAGUCUUCUUUAAAGAGGUUAUUAAAAGGAACAUAACAGGAGUGUGGAUAGCCAGCUCCAGUUGGGUGGUUCAUAAUCAAGUAACUUCCCUCCCUGGUAUCCAAACCAUCGGUACGGUCAUCGGAUUUUUGGACAAAACACAGAGCCUGGAUCUUCUACCAGCCUAUGCGAGGGUGUUCUUCACCAAACUGAGCGAGCAGAAGAUAAAGCCUGUCAUGCCACAGCACGAUCCCUGUCCGCAAUGUUGGAACAUGACACCUGCAAACCUUAGCCUCAUUCUGGAUGCUGCAGUGCAGCGUAAAUCUUUUGCUGUGUAUGCCGCCAUCUACAGUCUGGCACAGGCAUUGCACAGCAUGCUGGGAUGUAGUUCAAGCUUAUGCAACUGGGAUGCUGAAACCAAUAUUUUUCCAUGGAAGCUUUUGCAGGUUUUACGGAACAUGUCUUUUGACAUUAACGGCACACAUUUAGUGUUUGACAGCAAUGGCAAUCCCAACAUAGGAUACACGGUGGUGGAGUGGGUUUGGAAGGAGUCUCAUUUGGAUUUUGUCUUUGUUGGAAGCCACUUCAAAGAACUGUCCCUAAACAAAUCUCUUUUCAAAUGGCACACUGAAGACUCCCAGAUCCCUGAAUCCACCUGUUCAGCAGCAUGCGGUAGCGGCCAGGUGCGAAGAGUCAAAGGCUUUCAUUCAUGCUGUUUCGAUUGCAUCGACUGUUUGCCCGGCACUUACCAGGCCGACGAGGAGGACAUCCAGUGUACCAGGUGUCCAGAAGGCCAGUGGUCCCAAACUAGAAGCACGAACUGCUCGAAGCCCACCUUUGAGGUUUUGUCCUGGGACAGGCCUGCAGCGAUAACAGUGGCGUUGAUUGGGCUGCUGCUGUUGUCCUGUCAGGGCGCAGUGGCUGUCGUCUAUCUGAAGCACCGGCGAACCCCCGUGGUGGCAGCGUCUGGUGGCCCCUGGAGCUUUGUGGUGCUAUUCAGCAUGAUGGGAGCCUGUCUCAGCGUGGCGCUGUUCCUGGGUCAGCCGGGGGACAUAGUGUGCCAGCUACAGCUGCCCCUCAUCUUCUCUUUUCAAACUCUAGCCCUCUCCGUUAUUGCCUCCAUUUCCCUGCAGAUAUUCUUUCUAACAGAAUUCCAUGACAAGGUCGCUCCUUUCCUGAAAACACUGAAAGGACUUGCUUGCUGGCUGUUCCUGAUCAUCUGUUGGACCGUGCAGGCCGCUUUCUGCGGCUGGCAUAUCAAAGGAGGCCCCACAUUGUCAGAACAUAUGAAAAGCAUGAAAAUCGACUUUUUGAGAGACUUCCUGUCAUGUACAGUCAGACAAACUGUUGCAGUUGUUUUUAUGCAAAGCUUCAACUUUACAUUGGCCAUGUUAUCAUUCAUGUGCACCUUCCUGGCCGUGAAACCUCCUCAUCAGUACAACCUCGCCAGAGACAUCACCUUUUCCAUGUUAAACUAUAGCAUCAUCUGGGGGACCUUUAUUCCAAUCUACAUGGGUUUAAAAAGUGAAAAGGAAAAGCAUUUAGUUCUGAUUGCAUUUAAUCUGAUGGGCAUCUUUGGACUAGUGGCAGGUUACUUUUUCCCAAAAUGUUACCUCCUGUUGAGAAAACCUGGGCUCAAUACCUCAGAAUAUUUCUCUAACUUCCUGGAGGGAGCACCGCUGACAUCGGCAAGGGAGGAUUCACAGUCACAGCCGAGCAAAUAA